AUGAACAAGAAGACUAUCUUGGCAAAGACUUGGAUGGGUAAGAAUCAAUGCCUUGUGAUCAAUACUCCCUUGAUAAAGACCACACACUUUAAAUACUGCAAGGAGUUAGCAAUAGAGAGUUUGGAAUACUGGAUGAGAUUUGUUGGGUCCGGUAGUUUUUAUGGAUUUAUAGUGCAAAGAGUCAUUUUAGGUAAAAAGGUGCAUUAUGGAGCAAAACAGAGGAUUUGGACUCUAAACCAGUUCAAUGCCCCUGCAUCAACUUUGGAUGGAGCUAGAAAAAGAUCUACUCAAUGGAUUUCAUCAAGACCAGUUCCCUGCGUGCUCCAACCAAGCUCUAUCGAGAAUCCAGCGCCCAACCGCGCAAAGCGGCUGGCCGAGGAACGCAUGUUCCGCGCUCGGCCAAAACAUAUCCGUCCGUCUGAAGUCUCGGCCAAAGUUCCAACCGGCCGACGUCACGACCCGGGAACAUCCCGCGGUCGGCCACGCCACAACCCCACGCCACGCCGCGCACGACCAUGCCGCGCGAGCCGGGAAGCAAAGCCUCGCGGCCGCGACCUAUCUCGCGUACCACGGCCGAUGUCCGUCCGAGCCGGGAAGAACGUCCCACGUCCGGCCGAGAAACCAUCGGCCAAAUUCCCACCCGUCCGACCACGCCGGCCGACCGUGAAAUCAUCCGGCCACGACCGUUCCGACUCGGCCAGACCCGACUGUCCGGCCGAUCGUCCCGACCGACCGUCCGAACGCCGCGGUCGACCCGAAGCCGUUUUUGAAGCCCAAUCCGCACAAUUCAAGCCCAAAGCCGGCGCCGACCUAGCUAGAUUAGGUUAG